AUUCGACACCAAAAUGUCUUCAAACGGUCAGUCAAGCACUUCUAAUCCACUCUUCCAUUUCGAUUCCAUUUUCUCUUUACUUCAAAUACAACCACGAAUAAAUACAUCAAAAUGGGAUGAUUCACCACGAGGAUCAGAAGAAGAAACAGUAUCAAAGGAUGAAGAUAUCAAAGCUAGACCUUCUAAAAGAUCACGUCAAGCUGCUUUUUCUGAUUUGAAUAUUUCAAACAAACUUAAACAAACUCGUUCGGCUUUGAACUCAAACUCGGUUUGUUCUGGUUCAUCUAACACCAGUAGGAAUGAGAUGGUCCAGCAGGGGGAAGGUUUGUUGGGUUCGGUCGGUUCUGGGAAAAUGAAUGGGGUUUCUGGUCGUCCGACUCGAUCUCUUCAGUUACGCCAUUCUCAUCCUACAAUCCAAGGAUGUAGAUCAGUUUACUGUUACGAAAGAUUAAAUCAUAUUGAAGAAGGAUCAUAUGGAGUAGUCUUUAGAGCAAGAGAUAAAGAAUCAAAUGAGAUUGUAGCAUUAAAGAAGAUCAAGAUGGAUCAAGAAAAAAAUGGGUUUCCGAUCACUUCUUUAAGAGAGAUUCAUACCUUGAUGAUGGUUCAACAUCAAAACAUUGUAAAUGUUAGAGAAAUCGUAGUGGGUGAUACCUUAACCCAGAUAUUUAUUGUGAUGGAUUUUAUUGAACAUGAUUUAAAGACACUUUUAACGACGAUGAGAACUCCAUUCUUAUCAUCUGAAAUCAAAACGAUUAUGAUUCAAUUAUUAUCAGCCACAGCUUGUUGUCAUUCGAAUUGGAUAAUCCAUCGAGACAUCAAAACCUCAAAUAUCUUGAUGAACAAUCGAGGCGAGAUCAAACUAGCGGAUUUCGGAUUAGCCAGAAUGUAUGGAGAUCCAUCGAUGGGAAACCUAACGAGAUUAGUCGUCACACUUUGGUACCGAUCACCUGAACUUUUAUUAGGUUUAGAUGAUUAUCAUCCAUCUAUUGAUCUUUGGUCGAUUGGUUGUAUCUUUGCUGAAUUGAUCUUACGUGAUCCGAUCUUUCCUGGUAAAGGUGAAAUCGAUCAAUUAAAUCAAAUCUUUAGUUUAUUGGGUAAACCUCAUCAAGAUAAUUGGCCUGAAGUGGUGAAGUUACCGAAUUUUAAAAGUUUAAAUUUGAUCCAUUUACCUAAUUAUUCAACACUUAGAUCUAAGUUUAAGUAUUUAACUGAAUUAGGUAUCGAUUUGAUGAAUGCGUUGUUAACUUAUGAUCCUUCUAAAAGGAUUUCGGCUGAAGAUGCUUUACGUCAUCCUUAUUUUAAGUCAGUGAAAAAAAUCGAUAUACCAGAUAACAUUGAAUUACAUAUCAGGUUUGGUUACAGAAGGAGACAUGGUAUUCAGAUGGAAGGUGUUUCCAGCUAUGAUUAUCAUCGAUUGGAAAAGUACUCUGAUUGGCAUGACUAG